AUGACGGAAAUACUGCACAAUGCCCCAAUCGUGCUGGACAACGGUUCGGGCACCAUCCGCGCUGGUUUCGCGGGGGAGGAUCUGCCCAAAUGCUUCUUCCCCUCGUGGGUCGGCCGGCCGAAGCACCUGCGAGUCCUGGCCGGCGCGCUGGAGGGGGAUUUGUUUAUAGGGAACAAGGCGUCCAACGAGCUGAGGGGGCUGCUGAAGAUCCAUUACCCGCUGGAGCACGGCGUCGUGACUGAUUGGGACGACAUGGAGCGCAUUUGGGAGUACGUGUAUGGCGAGGGGCUCAAGACGCUGAGCGAGGAGCACCCAGUUCUGCUGACAGAGCCUCCUCUGAACCCCCGGAGCAACCGCGACACGGCCGCCCAGAUUCUCUUUGAGACAUUCAACGUCCCCGCGCUGCACACGUCGAUUCAGGCUGUGCUGUCGCUAUAUGCCAGUGGCCGGACAACAGGUAUCGUCCUCGACUCUGGCGACGGCGUAUCGCAUGCGGUGCCUGUCUACGAGGGCUUUGCCAUGCCCAGCAGCAUACAGCGGAUUGACGUUGCGGGCCGAGACGUGACCGAGUAUCUACAGACGCUGCUGCGCAAGAGCGGCUACAUCUUCCACACGAGUGCCGAGAAGGAGGUUGUUCGACUGAUCAAGGAGAGCGUGUCAUAUGUGGCGCACGACCCCAAGAAGGAGGAGAGGGACUGGAUCGGGGUGAAGCCCAACGAGAGCAAGUUUGCCGAAUACGUCUUGCCAGACGGCCACAAGCUAAAGAUUGGCGCUGAGCGAUUCAGAGCUCCUGAGAUUCUGUUUGAUCCCGAAAUCAUCGGCCAGGAGUAUCCUGGUGUGCACCAGAUUGUGGUUGAUGCCAUCAGCCGUACUGAUCUGGACCUACGAAAAUCGCUCUACAGCAACAUUGUCCUAUCCGGAGGCAGCACGCUGACAAAGGGCUUCGGUGAUCGACUCUUGACGGAGCUGCAAAAGCUCGCGGUCAAGGACAUGAGGAUAAAGAUCUUUGCGCCCCCGGAGCGUAAAUACUCUACAUGGAUCGGAGGAAGCAUUCUCGCUGGCUUGAGCACCUUCCGCAAAAUGCUGGUGAGCAUUGAUGAUUGGCACGAAAACCCGGAUAUUAUCCACACAAAAUUCACAUGA